UUUUGCGACCGCAAAGAAACGGCAGAGUUCUACAAAAUUCUGCACACAUUUAACCUGGCACAGCCCGGCGUAUUUCACGACGAAAUGAAUCGUCUGGAAUCAAAGAAACAUAGUCCUGCUCAAGUGUUUGCUCAGUUUACUUCUGCGAGUGAAAGUGAAGGCAUACCUGGUGCUAGAAUCAAUUGUAAACACGAAGGAGAGUACGCAUCUGACAACAGACGAGAGAUACAGAUCACAGAAAGUGGAGAAGUUAGUCUACCUCCUGACAAAGCUAGAGUGUCAGUUGUCUGCUCCAACGCAAAAGUAAGUGAUCAGUAUUUUACAAUGGCAACAGUGAACUGCUGUUGCAUGUACAUUUAAUAAUAGAAGUAAACUAAUACAAUGAAAUAUGCGCGACAAAGUAGGCAAAUGUAACCUGGUAACGUAAAAGCGGUGAAGGGAGGUUUGUGAUGCAUCUUAGCCAUCAACAUCUCAAAUAUGUUUAACACUUAAGAAUAAAGGUAAGCGAAUAUGUUUAUGGAAAUUACUUCCUAGUUUUUUGCCUGAUCUUUUGGCCUAGUAAAUACAGGUUAUGCAUUUUUUUGGGGGGGGGUCUGCGACUGGAGAAACAUGUGAAAUGAUCACCCCAGGCGACUGAAGGAGCUACAGUAGACACCGGCUAAUAAGAAUCUGUGGUUUAAGAACCUGCUGGCAGAAAUUUGGCACUGUAAUACCCAAAAUUUAAGAACCUGUUUAGCCAAGCAAAAUCAAGCAGGUUCGAUCUUAUGUGUGGUUAACGGGUAAAUUAAGAUAAACAUUUUAACCAAGGAGUUUGACUUCGAUAUUAGAAGAAGAUACUGCACUAAACUGCAAAUAAUAAUAGAAGUAUUAGAGACCUUUAGGGGGUGUUCACAUGACCCUGUGGCGACUUUCGCAUCAGCGCAAUUCACCCUAGCUGUUGUACCAGAGCGAGAAUUUUGCUCCGAUGUGAAACAGUAUCAUGUAAACACAAAAUGACCACCGGUUUCAGUGUGAAAUCAGUCUGCCAGUGGGCUGGAACGGGUAGCACAUGUGUAAUGUUUGCGAUUUUGAUCGCACGUGUAUUUUAUCAACAUGAAGUGUACCUUCAAAUAACUGAAAGAUGAAAUAACCCAUCAUCAUGUAAACAUGAUAUAAAAUCAAAAAGUCAUUCCUGUAUGAAACUCGUGCCCGUACGAGAUUUCUCUAAGUAUAGUGAUCACGCAUGAACCAGCGUCAUUUUGGCGAGAAAACAUGAUAACCAUUGUCAUUCUACCACGAGUCUUAGCAAGAAUAUCAUGGUGGCGGAAACAAGUUUUCUAAUGUUAGAAGUUUCAGCAUUUUGCAGUCAGGGAAGGGCUUAACCUUCUUCAAUAGAGAUAACAGUGCUAAUUUUUCUGGUGAAUCAAAAGUACAUUGAAGCUUUCCGGAGUGUCUAUUUUUGAGAUUGUUUGAAAAUCUUAAAGUCAAGUCUCCUACUCGUAGUCAUUAACUCGCCUUUGAAUCUAAAGGUCUCUAUUACUGUAAUUCUUACAAUGACAAAAGGUUAAUAAAAUAAAAAGAUUGUAAUUUCUUCUUGGACGUUGCAUAAAGGAGGUUUUCAAUGUACAGUUGUGAAUAAAUACUGUAUAUUUAAGGCCCAACCUCAAGUUUCUUUAUUUUUUCUCGUAGUAAACAACUAUAAUUCUCCUUCGUAGAAAUUAAUAACCUUAUUUAAGAACCUACUUAGCCUAAAUUGCCAAUAACUACCCCCAAAUAAAAGAACCUUUUUUGCCAGACCUUAAAAACUGCAGGUUCUUAUUAGCAGGUGUUUCAUGUGUAUUCAUGGUGAGGUCCACAUGUUCUGGUCAAAGCUGAGCUGAAAGUACCCAGUUGGAGGAGGGGUGGGGGGGGAUAACUUGGUUAGUUUUUGCUGGGCAUGUGCCACUGGCCUCUCUGAAGCCCUAACCCAUUAUAGUCUAUUCUGUGGCCAAUUAUAGACAGGCUCCAUCUUGGUCACUUCUGGGAAGAUGUAAUUUUCACGAUCCCAACUUAGUAAAUAACUGCCUGUUCGUGCAUAUAGCUUAUAAAGACAUUGAACUAGGUCAUCCUAAAGUGAAUUGACUCAUUACUAAGCUUGAUAUAGUAAAAAUCUUCCCAUUUUAAAAUCCUUUCCUACAGUAUCUGAAUUUUCUGACCUCCAAUAUCCAGGAAGUGGAUGACCCCACUCUAGUAACUCUAUUGAAAAUGCAACCCUAUGACAGGUCAGCCGUAUAGUCAAUCCAGUUGUGAAAAUGCAACCCCAUACAGCAAAGAAAUAUAUCAAUUGGCUGAGAGGGAAAAAGACUCAGCCAUUUUUGAAAGGCAAUCAAUACAAAACAAACUUGUGUCAUGUUAAAUGCACCAGUGUAGACAGGGUCUAAUUCAAUACAUGUUUUUAUGCAGGAGUCUGUCGAGGAGGUGAAAACCAGCGUGAAUCGUCGUGUGGACUAUGUGCUACAGACACUGAAAUCUUAUCACAUCAAGGAUUUUACCAUUCAUAAAUCUUUGCAAAGAGUUGAAAAGCUAUAUCAGAUGGAAGUUGAAGUUGUCGUAGAAUUUAGUGACUUUUCCAAGUGUGAACAAGUUUGUAACCUUCUGGUAGAAAAACUUGACGAGACAGUUAAAGUAUCGCAUCCUUUUUUAUAUCAUACACCAAGCAAGCUUGAUUCAUUAAGGUAUGGAUGGUUUGGACAGUAUAUAGCACUUACUUAUAUAGGCAAGUGUAAAACGAUUAAGAGUGAGUUGACACUUUGUUUUAGUCUAUUCCAGGGAUUCAGAUAUAAGUGGUUAGUGGUGCAAAAUGGAGUGUGGAGAGAAUGAAAUGGGAAAGAAAGGGAGAUGGAGAUAGGAGGGAAAGCUUGUGGGAUUUUUUUCAAAAACCAUUCCAACCACCAAUAGCCAGCUAGUAAUCUGACAUAGUUUUUGGCUUUUUGCUCUGAAAAGUUGUCAAUCAAGCAAUGGGUGAUAGACCCCACAAACUGUUAACUGGAUGCUAGUGAUUUUCAGUUAGAUCAUAGUAAUGUUGUAGUGGCUUUUUCAAAAGAAGAACAAGUCAAAACCGAAGCAAAGAAAACACACAAAACCGGAUAAGAGCAUUGUCUGAGGGUUCCUUUGUCAUGGUGGAGAUGAUGUAAGCACAUGAAGGCACAUGGCCCAGAAGUGAAAAAUGAAAACUAACUGUUUACAGCAAUAUCAUUACAAUAAUCCUGUGACAGUUUCUUUGCAUCUGUAUUCUAUGAAAUUUAUCUGCUAAAAAUUAAUGCUCCUAUGCUCAUGCAGGUUUCUUCAUAAUUGCCAGCAGCCCACUGGCUAAAAUAACUGCCUGUUUGGGGGUUCGAGCUGUCUACUUUUUGAGCAAAUUGGAUUGAGGGAGAGAUUGAAAGCAUAAAAUUGCCUGCAGCUCUCAGUUACCAAGGCGCCUACUUUUACAUCCUAGCUGUCUACUAUAAAACUUAAUGCGAACCCUGCUUAUGUGUAUCUUUGGAAGAUGUUAUGGGUUCUUAUUUUGGUUAAGUUUAAUAAUAUGAUUAUGCCAAAUACGUUUCAGAGAAAUCAUUGAGCAGAGGUCCGUAACUAGAAAGUCAUUCAGAAUUUCAGCAAUGUGAAUUGUUUUAAAAUUUCGACAACGAAUUGCUCUGAGGCAGAACAGGCCUGCAAUUUGAAAUUUCAGAUGGAGCCACCUUAAGUGUCAUGGUGCUAAUCGAGAGUGUUGGGGUAUGUGGCACAUACAAUUUAAAGUUCUCUUUCUUUUAAUUAUGCUUGGUUUAUGGUUAUUGUUUUCAGGCGACAAGCAUGUGUUUGUGCUGUGAGAAAUGCAAAGAACAAAGCACUUGAAGUUGUUCAAAUGUUUAACCAGUCCUUGGGACCUCCUAUUUUAAUACGAGAAGAACAUCAUGAUGAAUCUGUCGGGACAAGCACAGAACAUGCGGAUAAGACAGAGGAUCAACUAACUUUUCAGCAGAAGGUUGCUGCAGGAACAGUAACAGUUAAUGUCAGGAUCUUUGUUAUAUUUGAGAUCAAAGAGAAAGCAAAAGCUCAUAAACGAAAGUAGACUUAUUGUUUUAUUAGCACAAC